UAGUCUCUACCUUUGAACCAGCUGACAGUGAGAAUUGGGAAUUUCCAAACCCAGCGAAAAUUUCUAUCCUUUCCUUAUUGUUAGCUGCUUUUUCGAGUUGGGUGUUUUCUUGCAAAGAAUAAUCAACGAAUAACUUCGGCAAAAUGGAUAAUAAGUUUAAAGAAGACUUCGAGUUAGAAACAGACGAUGUGGAAGUCGAUUGUGCCAUUAUUGAACCUGUACAUCCGAUACCCCCUGCGGAUUUAUCAAAAGAAUUGCCAACAAAGGACAUUCGGUUAAGCAGCAUAGAUAGUGGAUUUGAUUCAGUAACAUCUUAUAAUUCUGCAUUUGAUUCUGGACUUAUUAAUGACUUUGCAAAAUUAAAAUUAGGAAAAAUCAACGAGACUGAAAACGAAGACCCUUCAAGCUUAUGUGAUUUAUAUGACGAAAAAGUAAAAUCUAACAUAGAAGAAGGUUCAAAACAAUCAGUGGAAAUACAAGAAAAUACUGAAAAUGAAGAUCUUUUAUUGGAAAUCUUCAAACCGGAUAAGGAUGGCGACUCGCAGCUACACAUGGCAAUCAUCCAGUUGUUAGCACCUAUAGCUCUCUACUUCAUAAAUCUAGUUCCAAGUCAUCACUGGCUUAACCUUCCAAACAAUCUUUUGCAAGUUCCUCUUCAUUUAGCAACAAUAACUCGCCAGGCUAUGAUCGUCAGGAAAUUAAUGACAGCGGGAGCUGACAUCGUAGUCCGUGACUACAAAGGAGACACGCCCUUACAUAUCGCCUGUCGAGAGGGGUUUGACGAUAUUGCAGGAAUUCUUUUGAUGCCAAUACAAUACAAUGAAACUGGUGAAAUACGAUACGAAAUGGAACAACAAAAAGUACCUCAGGACGUAGAGCUAAUGAAUUAUAACGGCCAGUCUUGUUUACAUCUGGCGGCAGAACGAUGUCAUUUACCGAUUCUACGACUGCUAUUACAGAAUAAUGCUGAUAUUAAUAUCAAGGAUGGUAAAUGUGGGAAAACUAUUUUACACUAUGCAGCAGAAACCAGGAACAGUGUUCUUUUAGAGUUCCUUUUACAGCAGCGUGAAAGAAUUGAUUUAAAUUCUACAACUUACGGAGGAUUGACAGCCGUUCAAUUGGCUGAUGGGCGUGACUUUAGUGAUGUUGUUUCAAUACUAAGGAGGAGUGGAGCCAUUUAUACGCCCUUACCUGUUGAGGAAAAUGAUAGUGAUGAAGAAAUGAACUAGUAGGCCCUGCAAAGCAAAGCAGAUAUGUGGCCUACAAGAAUGUGCAACCUGAAGCACCAGUGCCCAGCUAGAAUGGUACCGCCUUUGAUCCAAGUGUCAUGAUGCAGAAUCUGCGUUCAGUGUUUCAGAAAUUUUUACAAUUUCCAGAAAUAAAUCAGAUGCUUGAAACUAUAUGAUCUUGGAUAUAAAGUAGAAAUGGAGAAGUUCAGAACUUUAUUUAAAAGACAUUAAAUUCGUUUGGUUGUAAGGCAGCAAAGAAAUAAAUUAUAUGAUUACAUAUUUGUUAUGGAAUGAGCAAGAGUGUUUGUAAAUGCAGGGGAUGUUUGUGUUCCUUUUAAUUCUGUAAACAUUUAUUAUUUCAGUGAUAUAAGCAUUCUUAUUUCACAUUGACAUGACAUAUAUAUGACAUAUAAAAUAUCAAGACAAUUACAUUAUACUAAUAACAAAUAAACAUUAAGCAUCAGUAAUUUUUUUUUAAAUAUAAAUAUUAACGUUGCAAAGGCCAUUAUAUUAAAGUGAUUUAAGGACAGUUUAUUGAUCAUUUAUUCUGUAUGUUUACUCGUGCAAAUUGAGAUGUAUUUUUCUUUUACUAGACCAAGGAGGUUGCUAUUGCCAAUAUUAUGUGAAUAAAAUAGAUUAAAACUGA